AUGCACAUACGCACGACUGCAUACCACCCGCAAUCGAAUGGUAUAAUCGAACGGUGGCACAGGAGUCUUAAGGCGUCGAUUCUUUGCCACGACACCGAGCGCUGGUGUGACCACCUACCGGUGAUUCUGCUCGGGCUGCGGACGGUAUAUAAGGAGGACAUCAAAGCUUCACCUGCUGAGAUGGUAUAUGGAACAACUCUCCGAAUACCGUCUGAGUUUUUUGUCGACAAGCCAAAGAUUUCCAACGAAGUUGAAUUCGUUGCUAACCUUCGAAAAGCCAUGCGUAAUCUGCGACCGAAGGAAACUGCUUUUCAUGGAAGUCGCAACGUCUUCGUUCAUCAGGACCUUCAAUCAUGCCAACAUGUUUUUGUACGGAACGAUUCAGGGCGACCAUCGUUAUCACCUCCAUAUGAAGGACCAUUCGAGGUGGUAAACCGUUCUAACAAGUUCUUCGUCGUGAAAAUGAAGGGACGAUCAGCAAAUGUUUCGGUCGACAAACUGAAACCUGCCUACACUCUGGAAGAGCAACAAUCACCAGGAAUUUCUGCAUCCUCACCUACUAGCACCGCCACGACUCCAUCGACUAAGGUCACUCGUUCUGGUAGACGAGUUGUUAUCCCCCUUCGCUAUCGCUAG